AGGAAGAAGAGGAAGGGGGAGACGGCGGUGGCGCGGGGCGGCCGCGGCCAUGAGCUGCUCGGACGUGGCCAUGCAGCAGCCCGCCCCGGCGGCGUGCGGGGCGCCCCGCUAUCUGGCCGCGCCCGCGGCGGGCUGCGCGCAGAAGAAGUUAGCUGUGUACAACAAGAUGCAGGAGUCUCUGGAAGUGACCCUUCCCAGCAAGCAAGAGGAGGAUGAGAAAGACCAGCCUGCGGAGAUGGAGUACCUGAACUCUCGCUGCGUCCUGUUCACUUACUUCCAGGGAGACAUUGGUUCAGUGGUGGAUGAACACUUCUCAAGAGCUUUGAGCCAAGCCAGUAGCUUCAGUUCAGAGACUGCCCUUUCCAAGAGCAAGGCAGGGCUGAAUCCUCUGUGGAGAGAAAGCUCAACGAUUUCAAGCCAGAGGAGCGGUUUCCCAACCUCGUUCUGGACCAGCUCUUACCAGCCUCCUCCUCCACCCUGCUUAAGUGGAGUACACCCCGAUUUCCCCGUGACUGCACCAGGCACCUUCCCGACACCAGACCCCAGCAGCUGGCCAGGACACGGCCUUCACCAGACUGCCCCACCUCCUCCCCCUGCUGCCUCUGAGUCCUGGCAUUACCCUUUAGCAUCUCAGGUGAGCCCUUCGUAUGCACACAUGCACGAUGUGUACAUGCACCGCCAUCACCCUCAUCCCCACAUGCACCACCACCAUCCCGGCUCGCACCGUGACCCCCGCUACGGCUCCCUGCUGGUGCCGUCGGUGCGCGCCGCCAGGAUUCCUGCUCCCCAGUGUGACGUGACAAAGUCAGACCCCGCUGCUGUCACCAGCGCUACCUCAGCUUGGGCUGGAGCCUUUCACGGAACCGUGGACAUUGUGCCAAGUUUCGGCUUUGAUACAGGUCUACAGCAUCAGGACAAGAGCAAGGAAACUGCUUGGUUCUGAAGUGCAGAGCAAUUAAGACCAGCUAGAGCUGGAGUCGGCAGAGCUGGGCGGGUGAUACAGCAGUGGUUGACUCCUUCUGCGUGGAGCAAAGGACACACAUGAAGAUGAAGAGCCAAAACUAUUCUGGUUUUGCUAUUGAGCCUUUUAUUUGUAAGGCCGUUUAUGGGUCCCACAGUGUUGGAAGAAAACCAGAAACCUAACUUUUCUUUCUUUCCUCAUCUGAGCCUGCUGCAGCUGGGCAACCUAACUCCUUUCUGCUCCUAUAACAGUGUUUCGUUUUGUUCAGCUUGAUAUUUUUAUGAACAGUCUCAAUAGUCAGGAAAAAGACUCUCCCUUGACUACAGUGCGCCUUCUUUCAGGAAUACAGUAUUUUGUAGCUCUUUGUGCAUCUAUUUUUGUAGAAAUACAGAAAGUUUGGGUAAGGAUUGAUGGGCUAUUUUAGGAUGACAUAUUUUUUUAAAAAAAAUUGUAAAAUUGUUAAGUUCUGUUUAAAGAACUUGCUCUCAGAGAAGCACUGGCAAAAAUGUAUAAAAUGCUAUUUUUAGAUGUCUGUGAUGUGUUUGUGCAUUUUGGGUUUUUUUGUUUGUUACCUCAAAUGUCUAUCUUUCCUUUCUUUUUAAAGAGCUAAAUGCCUUUGUUUCCACACUACUAGAUUCUGAUGUUUUUGUCCUUUUGUUCUAGCCUAAGCAAGUAUAAUUCGCACCUGAAGUUUCAGCCAAAUAUUUUUUCCCGGUGUUAGAUUAUAGUAAAAGUGUUUUUGUUUUUCUUGCUUCUAAAGGUGGUUUUGUGCUGUGCUGAUUGUCGGAAGCUUGCAAACACCUUUAGUAUAGAGCAAAGCUUGAAGUUACAGAACUGCAUUUCCAACUCCUCCAUUCUUUCAAAAUGGACCAAAUACUCUUAAAUCAGACACGAAUAUGGGCCUCAUCUAUGAUCCAUUGAAGCUGUUGAACCCAGUGCCCUGUGGGUUAUGUUGCAGGCCCCUCAUAGUGCUCAUAAAUAUCAGUAUAAUCAUACAGGCAGGACUUCAGGUAAGCCAUUUCAAGGUGGUAACUUACAACAUCAAUAUUCAGGGAAAAAAAGAAAAAAAUCCAGGUUUAUAAAAAUGUGUGGCUUGUGGAAACAAAAGGUUUUCGACUAGCCUGAUCCAUGUGCUGAGCAGCUCAAGGAAAGCACUACCAUUCUCAACUCCUGUUGACUUCAGAAUGUGUUUGCCUGACCUCGGCUGUGCUGUGGGGCUUGCUGGACCCCAGCUGCAGCUCUGCAGUUUCGUAACCAGCUGCACGUGCCGAGCGUGCACACACCGGGGCUUGGUGGCUGCCAGGGCCAGGGCCUGGCCUUGGAAAAGCACCAUGGCCACAUGGAACCACAGCCUUGUGCUUGGGAAGCCCCCCUGGCCUGGGCCUUGGGUCUGACGUGCAUAAUAAAGGCUUUAGUUGGAGCCAGGGUGAUCAAAUCCUGAGUAAGGGCUGCGAGGUCACCCUGGGCAGCCGUGGGCUGGAGCUGGGUCAGUCUCCGUGCCCAGCCCUUGGGGACUCCAAGUGUCAGCGUCUGCUUAGAUGGGACUGAGGUGGGCCCGGGAUCAGGACCUGGGUUGCUGGAUCCUGGCUGUUGCUCAGAGAUGUUGCCUUCCUGCUCUGUGCACUCAGGGUCCCUCUGUAGUAUUUCCUGAGGCUCUUACAAAGCGUUACAUUUCUGUCACCACUGCUCUCAGACAUCCCUGUUUGAAAGACGCACCGGCCGAGUGGAAAAACCAAGAUACGAACACAUGGCUGAGAUAAGAAAGAGUUUAAUUUUAAAGAGUUUAAUUUAAUUUUUAGUUUAGUUUUGUCAGGUGGAGACCACAUGGAUCUGUGUGUGAAAGGGGAAGGGGGGCGUUGGGAAGUGCAUGCCACUCCGAGGUUCAGGGCUCCUUCCUUGCACUGCUGCUUCCCUCCAGGCUUUUUGAAUUUGAUCUUAUGAGGUGUUGAGCAUUCUCCUUUGUCAAGGGAGAGGGCUUGACAUGCUGGCAUUGGAGGCAUUAGGAUUAUAUCACAAUUUGGCAAGACCCUUAAGUCCCUACCUUGCUGAUUUGAAGUUUUAGACAGCGUAUAAAUGCUGAAUGGACUAUGCGUAAAUAUUGCUUUAAAAUAAUAACGUUGUAGUCUCUGUGUUGGGAUGAUGAAUUAAAUGUGGUGGGGUUUUUUCCUUGUCUUUGUAGUCCAUCAGUAUUUCUUUCUCUCAAUAAGUUUCACUCUCAUGACAGUUCUACAUAUUAUUGCUGCCUUGGUGGAGCUAGCUCCUCGAUUUGUCAAUAAAUUCAUAAUGCAGUGGGAAAACUGUAUGAGAGGGAGUGGUGUACCAGCUGCCAGAGUUCACUUUCUUAUCAGGACAAUACAGUUCAGGAAAUAUCUGAGUUCUGACUUAGGAAUGUUGACAGUAUUAGAAAUACUGUGAGGGGAAAAAAAAAUCUGAUUUGUUUUUUAUUUUCCUCUGGACUUGGCAAAGGUGGAAAUAUGAACUUCAGGGAUGGAGUGUUUGGGUGGCAGGGGAAGCAAAGAAAAGGCAGCAUUUCUUUUUGAGGUGUGUUUGGCUUCCUGAAACAGUUUAAAGCCUAACAAGAGCAGUCUGCUCACUGGCUUCCCCUUCACAAGCUUGUGCUGCAGGGGACCUCCUCUGGUUCCCUGUAGGUGUCAAAGCAAAAUGGGACAGGAAAGAAACAGGCCCACAGUUUGCACUGGAAUCUCUUUCUGGAUUGUAUCACUGAGUUGUUGGUAAGUGGGGAUGAAGAAGUGGGGAAGCUGUUGCCUCUUCCACCUCCAGGACUGCUGUUCUGCACCCAGUUUCCACUGCUGAACCUGGGAGUGAGCUGGAGGAACUUCUGCGCACUCUGGGAGACAAGUGCCAAUAAAAACCGGCUGUCAUCUGUAGCCAUUCAUGCACCAGUGUGCUGACUUUGAAAGUGAAACAAAUUCUUCUUUCCCCUCAGUCACUAGCUGUCCCUUGUGCUAGCAAGUGAGCUGGAAGUAAAAGCCUAAGUGUGUAGCAGUAGCCCUACUUCUGUGUUCUACAAUUUGAGGGAUGGAAAAGGAAAAAAAACAAACCCUUCUCUGUGACAAACUUUUAAGUUCAAUUCAGCAGAUUUCCUUCUCUCCCUCUUCCCCGUACAUGCACGCUCACACACACGCACAGAAGUGCUUAUGAGAAGCAGAUGCUGCCAUGGUUUUGCUCUUGGAAGAGGAGGGAGCUCUCGACUGCAAUGCUGCAGUGGUGGGGAAUUGAUGGCAGAGAGAAAGAAUGGAAAGGUUGAGACUGGUCAUGUUUCUGCAGAUAGGAAAAAAAGGCCCUUGAAAUCAGGUCACAGAUAAGUUGUGUGUCUUACUGCAUUACUAAAGGAGUUGUUUCAUUCUUUUUAUGUGGCGUGUUCUGAUGCUGUCCCAAGAAAGUGGAUGAUUCAUUUUGAGAGGGCUUAUAAAACAUGUUGUACUCUGUCACUGUUUCUAGGAGAACAUAGGGAAAUUAUUGUUUUAUUUCAAGAAACUCAAAAUACUGACCUCCUUAAAGUUGUCCAAGAUUUUAUUUUAUUCCUGUUAAUGUUGAGAAAUCUGACAUCAGUUUUUAUGUCUUCAUUUGAAGACUGUGAGGGCUCAAGCUGUCCACCACUUUUUGAGAGGCAGAUGCUAGUUUUUUUCAGCAGCUCAUUUCCAUCCCAACAAGCAGAUGGAAUAGUGCAGCCACUGACUGCCCAGGAGGCUGGAAUUCUGGAAUUCUGGAGAGCUGAAUAAGCUGCACUUGGCAGUAGUAAAAUGGACUCUGUUCUGAUUCCUGUUCUCACCAGACACACAAGUUCAGGUGGUCCUCAGUGAAUGGCAGUUUUCUCUCCAUCAUCCACACCUGCAUCAAAACACUUUCAUGAGCAGAUCUCUCAUCACAGCUUUCAGAGAGCAGAGUUUUCUGGGAGGGGAGUGUCACAUUUCCCCCCACCUGGCCUUAGAGUUGCCUUGCUGCACCCAGCCUUUCUGCUUCCAGGCUGUUACUUAUGUCUUGCUGUCCCCCUCCCACAAUUCUUCAUGUGUAUGUCUAUAUUUCUCUACAAAUAUAUUUAUACACAUCCACGUGUAGCUAUACCUGGUUCCCUCCAUUCCACUCUCAUAUGUCCUUUGGAGAUAAAGUGAAUGACUUCACCAAGUCUCAUCUGAGAUGGAAAAUGUAGGCAUUUAUUUCAUUCUCUGUUAACUCAGGUGUGAAUAGGAUUUUUCCAUGCUUGUUAAAAAAAAACCCCAAAACAGCACAACCAAAACACAUCAAAAAAAAAAAACCAAACCCUUUCAAAUCACCUGAUUUGUAUCUGUAAAGAUGACCAUGGAAUCAGCAGUUAUGUGGAGAUGUGCAGUAUGUUGCCAUUCAGCAGACAAGCCUAUCUCUGAAUAAGAUUAUUUCAUUUCAGGUACAAGCUUUUGUUCCAUAUCAAUGGACCAGCAAUAUAUAUAUAUCCUUAUAAACAAUUUAGAAAGAUACCUAUUUUUCAAGUGGAAUUCUUGGUUUUAGUUUGUCAGCCUUUGAGCUUCUAAAGGGUAUGUGGAUGAUAAAUAUUGUUUGUGUGUGGGUUUUUAAAAAGUUGAUGCAUGUUAUUUGGAACUAAAAUCUCAUGUAAAGUGGGAAGGUAUUUAAAAAUAAAUAUUGCUUUUACAUAUUAGCCCUAUGGGCACAAUCUGAGAGUUGUGGUGCAGGGAGAUGUCCCUUUAAAAAGUAAGGGUCUCUUGCCUGAGCAAAUUCAAAAUCCAGGAGAGGCAGGAGAGGUCUUGGAAAAGUUGAUCUGGUGGAGCUGAGAGCAGAGAUGAUCCUCUCCAAAAUUGUAGGUACAUGAUUGGGCAGACACUGGUCAGUGUACUAAAUUUAGGCUGUGUUAGGAGGUUUGUUCUUAUGGGGUGAACUGGUUGCCAAAGGGAAUAGGAGCUGUCCCUGGAAAGCCGUGUUUUAGCUGCCCUUGGUCUGCUCAGUGCCUGUGACCCUCUCCCUGUUCUUGCUGUGCAGUCUCCACAACACCGCAGGGGGGACCUAUGAAAGCUGGGCUGGAGUUCCCUGGGAAAUGCACCAUUUGUUUGUUUUUUUUUUUUAAGCUCCCAAUAAAGAAAGUUUAGGGAUGGGGGUAAUUAAAACACCCCAAUAAUUUCGUGCACCUGCUCAAAGGCUCAAGCCUCUAAGAUAAAUCAGCUGUGCACCGUGGCCAUUUGCCUAUAGAAGCUGUUUCCUCCCUUCAGUGUCCUUGGAAACCUUCAGUGGCGUCGAGAUGGUUUGGACCAGUCUUGAAAGCCUGAAUUGCAGUCCAGUGGUGGCCUGGGGGCUGGUCCAGCAUUGAUUCUGGUGAGCUGGGGCUCAGGUAUUUGGUACCUAUAGACAAGCAGUGUUUAUAGGAGUUGAGGUUUACAGUAAUUGACUGAAGUAUCUGCAGAACUGUGCUGCACUUUCCCUGCUCGCUCUUUGUAGCUGUUGCUUAAAACCAUCAGUCAAAUCAGGGUCCCUCUCUUCCCCUCACCUGUUUCAUCACCUUGCUUCCCUCAAAACUCCAUUGAAAUUUUUGCAAUUUUUGCCUCUCUCAUCAAAACUGAGGGGGGGGGGGCUUUGUAUAAAGAAAAAGUGUUACUGUUUAUUACUGAAUAAAUAAUUUAAUGUGAAUUUUAUUGUUAUAUUUUUUAUGUAGCAUUUUUGGUUUGGUCUGUAUUUCUCAACAAUUAGCUAAUUCUUUCUUUUUAUUCUUAUGCAACUGGCGAACUCAUAAAUCUCUUUGUGAAUUUCUGCAUCCUGAGUUUCUAUUCUUUGCACGAGAUUAAUUUUUAGAGCCAAGGAUUUGUCUUCUGUUGAAAACGUUGUAAAACAAGUGUUCUAAACUGGUUCUGUACUAAAAUUAAACAGAGCAAAAGCCUUGAA